GCAACUAGCGGUGAUGAAUGUUUGAUAGAGCAGUCCGGUGUGUUCGUGUACGUGCCGCGGGAAGAAAAACCCAUUCGUUCCGCCCAUCCCAACACGAGGCGCGAGCGCAAGCGAUAAGCGAUGCCACCGACCAGCCCGGGCACGGCCAAGAGCUUACCCAAACAAACCGUUACAUUACAUUAUUAAAUCGCUGCCCACCGUCGGUCGCGGACGUACCCGCGGGUCCCGAGCUUGGCAGACUUGGAAGCGAACGGAUUGCCUGGCUGUCAUCCCAAGUUGCCCGUUGUGAUUCUGGCCACGCGCGCGCGCCCGUCCGCCAGCGAUAGUUCUGUGAUAGCGGUGCAGAUAGAGAGCAGUGCAGAGGGCUGGGGACAGUGAGUAGCAGCAUCGUCUCUUAGCUAACCGUAACGAAGAGAGCGGUACGGGAUCGGAUUGGCAAAAACGGUGCAAAUCAACGCUCCAAAUUCAGCGCUCAGUAUCCGUGCCAUGUCACAGGAGAAAGCUAAGAAGUUCGGAACGUUAAGAGAGUGAAAGUGGUGUUCUUAAAUCAUUCAUUACGCGCAAACAAAGCCACGUAGAGUCAACGACACUGUGGGACGCUAGUGCUACUGUGGAGCAUUCAGACAACGAAAUCUGAGCUGUGCUGCAUCAAAAACGUUAGAGUGUUUGUACCGUUGCCCCAUCCAGUUGGGGUGAGAAGAGAAGGUAUCUUAUCGAAGUGAUAAGCGGAACGUGUAAGGCACCAAACCCUAUCUGGUGAUAAGUGAGACGCAAAAUCCCGUUCGUGGUUUGUGAUAAAAAUCGAAACCCCCGUAAGCUCUGAUCGGUUGUUUGUGCGAUCGAUUCGUCUUAACCAUUUCCGGCUUGCGUUGGUAAAUUGCAAUUUGUUUAUCUAGUGUGCUGUGACGUGGAGUUUUGACAGGUUGACGCAAGUGUAUUCUGAAACGUUUCUGGAAGAUUGCAAGGAAGUGUUUUUGUUGGGUGUUGGUGGUUUUGUUACAGAAUUUGCUGUUAUUCAUCAAGAAUUGCAUUGAAAGGGGAAAACAUACGGACGACACGCGAGUGCUUUUGUGAGGGGGUCGAACGGGCCGGUCCCGUCCAAUCGGCUCGGCGCUGUGCUGUGUGCUGCUAAUCGAUCGAUAAUGACAAAAUAACAGCCGACCGAACGAAGUGCACGAAGACCACCGGAACACAGGCUAAGGUCAAGGGCUGCGUACGUCGAGAUUACGCCAGCGAACGUAACUGGCAAAACAACACGGAACCGUCUCUCGCUGCGUGUUACCGUCAGUAUUCGCCGAGAAGGGGCGACCAUCGGGCGACACUGUGACACUCGCUGUGUGCGUGUGUGUGUGUGUGUGGUGCAGCAUACCUUUACCGGCCUCCAAAAGAGUGAUAAUGUGCUCCCGCCGAAGUAGUCGAGCGUCCUGCGGGACAUCCUCGACGCCUUGGGUCCUGGGCGUUGUUACCCUCACACUGCUGACGCUCGCCCCCAGCCGAAGCCUUUGCAGUGUAGCACCACAUCCGGCCACUAGCACCAUUAGCAGCGUUACCAGUUCCAGUGUCGCAUCGAGCAGCUCCACCGCCCCCGUUCCGGACGCUACGACCGCGCGGCCGACGGUCAGCGCACGCCAGGAUGCGGGCCCGACCGAACAGCCAACCCUGCCACCCGAAGGUCAGAUACCGCUGGAACGAUUGCCCUCCAACACGCUGCUCAAGUACACCGCCUACAAGGACGUCUCGAUACUGCACUUCCGCAUACCGACCGACACCCGGACGGCCUUCUUUAGCUUUAAGGCGUACGAGGAAUCCAAAGGUGCCUUCCAGCGCAACUGCAAACCGAACGAUAUUACGCUGCACCUGAAAGCGGGAAGCUAUCCGGUCAUCAGUCCGGAAAAUAUCACAUUUCCCAAACACUUUCUAGACGCCGAGGAGCGGUUCGAAAUCCACAGCCUACAGUUCAAGUCGGACAGCACGACGAGGCGGGUAAGCAUUGAGGGACCCCAUCCGGGCAACUGGUUCGCCGUGGCAUUCAUCAGCUGGACCGACCCGAACAACGAGCGGAUAGAGCAGCAAGGUCUGGCGGCAUCCUGCGAAACACUGCUCAUGUCCGAGAUGGCGGUCGUGAGCGCCCGGCCCCAGCUGCUGAACGUGGACGUCCGGUACGAGGGUACGCUGGCGGCCGAUCAGCCGGAACCGCGGUCGUUCAAGUUCUUCGUGCCGCACAACGUGUCGAUCGUCACCUGGCGGCUGUCCAUCGCGCAGCCCUGCUUCAACUGUACGGACGUGAGCUUCCACGUGCAGGCGAGCGCCCUGCCCACGGCCCGCAACUAUCUGCAGAACGCGCUCAUCUGUCCGAACCAGACGGGGGACGUCAGCAUCGAUUUCUAUCCGCACGAGGGCGCCUGGCACUACGUGGAUAUGGACUUUACGCGUGAAACGAUGCCCACCGCCAUCGGUGCGAUUGUGGCCCCUGGCUACCGGGCGCCAAACGAGACGACCGAGCCGGAGGAAAGGAAACAGCAACCGGCGGCACCCACCACCGCCGGUGCACCCGAGGCACAAAUGGUCGCGUACACGGUCGAGCUUAUCUAUCACGAUACGUACGAUGCAGGGGUAGGACCGACUGCUGCUGCUGCUGCUACUACAACGACUCCGUCCACCGAGGAUCCAACGCCUGCCGAGAGUGGCGACGCAGCGGAGGACAGUGCGGAGGGUCCCGCGGCCGACACCAAAUCGCUGCCGAACCGAAGCUUCGAUCGCUACCCGGUGCUGCGCCAAACGUACCGCGAGUUCUUCAUGUUCGACUACGACCUGCUGCCGGACGUGAACGGGACGGUGCCGGUGACGCUUAACCUGACCGCCGGCGUGCCGGCACUGAUGAAGUUCGACGUGAACGAUGUGUACGACAUUGGCGGGACGCUUAGCUUUGCCGUUGCGAUGCGGCAGGAUCUCAAGGGCAGCUUGAUCGACGCGCGCCACGAAUCGACCAACGAGCAUGCGAGCGUGGUGGCGGAGAAGCUGGUCGACGUGCAGGAAGAGUUUGUGCCGGAGGUGGAUCUGAUGACGACAACGACGACGACGACGACCACCACCACCACCACAACGGCCAGUACUACCACGAGCACCACGCCAUCGAGCACUGGUGAGGCGAGCAAGGGCAAGACAGCGCCAGCCGGCAAAGCAAAUCAAACGGUGAUCGUGUGCCUGCGCCUGGAGGAACCGGGCAUACCGACCUGGCCGGACAAGUGUGUGUACGGCCGGCACAUCUACCCGGCCGCCAUCGUCAUCAACAACACGGACGCGGACACGAACACGGGCCUGGUGCACGUGCCGUUUCCCGAGCCGGGCAGCUGGUACGUCACGCUCGGCCUGUUCUGCCACGGCACGGAGGCGACCGCCCGCUCCACCAUCAUCGACAGCGUGAAAGACUUCGUGCGCUCCUACCGAGCGACACUGGCGGCGAUGCGCGCCCCAUGCUCGUGCGCCGACCGGCUCAGCUACUAUCGCGGCUGUCUCGCGGACGACGGCUGCCUGCAGGCGCUCAACGAAACGGAAACGCUCAAGAUCAAGGAGUGCAUCAUGGACGCCAAGUGUACCGGCGGCCGGUCGGACGAGAUGGCGCGCAAGUUCGAGCAGCACCACAAGUACGCAACGGAGCAGAGCGUGCAGGGUGGCGUCGCGGACAGCACCUGCAACUCGAGCGUCGUCUUCACCAUCUCGUCCAGCCCGUGCGUGGCGGGGCGCUGCGGGCGGUUCGGCCGCUGCUACCACUACAUGUCGGGCGGGUUCGUGUUUUCCACCUGCCUCUGUCUGCGCAACUAUCGCGGCUGGGACUGUACGGAGGAUUCGCAGGUACCGUCCAGUGCCUCGAUCCUGCUCGCCUCGCUCAUGCUGACGCUGUCCAAUCUGCUGUUUCUGCCGAGCAUCUUUUACGCGGUCAAGCGCGGCUACCACAGCGAAGCGAUCAUCUACUUCUUCGCGAUGUUCUUCUCCGCGUUCUACCAUGCGUGCGAUUCGGGCGAGGAAGAGUUUAGCUUCUGUCUGGUGAAGAUCGGCGUGCUGCAGUUUUGCGACUUCUACUGCGGGCUGCUCGCGAUCUGGGUGACGCUGAUCGCGAUGUCCAACAUCCGGCACCAGCUCGUGUCGCUGCUGCACAUGCUCGGUGCGAUCCUGCUCGCGUUCGGCACCGAGCUGAACAAGCAGUCGCUGUGGGUGUUUCUGGCGCCCGCCCUCACCGGCAUCUGUCUCAUCUCGGUCAGCUGGGGGCUGCGGUGCCGCAAGACGAAGCGCUGCUUCCCGGCCCGCAGCUACCUGGCCCUCUACCUGCCGAUCGGCAGCGUGCUGGUGAUGGUGGGCCUGGUCUGCUUCGCCUUUCUGCAGACCAAGCAGAACUACCACAUCGUCCACUCGAUCUGGCACAUGGUGAUGGCGCUCAGCAUUCUCUGCCUGCUGCCGGACCGCAAAACGUUCCACCCGAAGUGCUAGCAUACGGUGCGCAUCUACCUGCUCAACUCGGGCUCACCCUCCACCUCCACCCAGUCGUCGUCCGGCUCGAUGUCGACGUCCUCGACGACGUCCUCCUGCUCGACCGUGGCGGCGGUGGCCGCCAGCACCACUACCAGCUCCGUCGCCACCACCGCCACCUCGGCUGUGAUAUCCCAGGCGUCCCCGGUGGCAGCGCCCUGCACAGUGGCCACGAUUACGGACGGACAGGGGGCGAUCGUACACCGCGAACGGGCAGCACCGGGACACGAAGGGCCAGUGGAAGCACUAGCGCCAUAAAUGGCCCGCUCGCUCAACCUUCUGCACCUUUCCCCCACGGUCACACGCCCUGCACACGCCAGUAGUAGUAGUUAGAGAGUAACACCGAGCACCACCACAACCCGAUCGAUGUUGAUGUCCUGCACCCCUCCUUCUCAAAUUGUGGCCGCAGAUACUAGUUAGAUGGAUUAGCUCAAUGGGCAGCGUGGGGGGGGGGAAGGGAACGGAACGACUCAGGACUUCCUGGUCCAGAACGCCCCUCCUUCCCGGUGUCUUCUCGAUAUGAUGUGUGUGUGUGUGUGUGAUUUGUUAUCUCGUGUCUCUGUCUGCAUAGGUCUAUGUAUGUACGUGUAGGUGUAUGUGUGUAUGUAUGUGUGUGCGUGUGCGUAUCUGUGCUUGAAAGAUUAAAGGGCGCUUCCGGCGUAGGGCGCUGCGGUGGAUGUGUUUUAGAGCUCGUGUCGUCCACAUUCCGGCAUAUGGUUGGCGCGAUGGUUGCGGCACUUUCGUCCCAUUUCCUCAAUCGAAUGCUGUAGAACGGAAGAGAGAAACUAUUGGUAGAGAUCGAUUACACUAGGAGCAAGAGGAGGAAAUGUUCUAAUACUCACACUGCACACACACACACAAGAAACGCCAUAUAGAUAUAUAUUUGAGGGUGCCAGAUUUACACCGUUCGAUCGACCAUUGUUUGAUAAAUUCAUACGUGCCUUGCUGUUGUAGUGGAAGCGGAACCCGAGCAAAAAGAGAACAAAAAAAGCAACGACCCUCCCCGACCAGACAGUUGCAGUUACGACAAGUUCGAAACUCGCCCCGGAAACAGUGGACAGCGCUGCUGGCGGGAUAUGGGUGCGAAGGGACGAGGGUUUUGUGAAGCUUUUACUCCUUCAACUUUCUCGUGUCAUGUUGUUGUUGUUGUUGUUGUGCACAGCCCAAUCUGCGCGGGUGUUUUUGUAUUUCCUCUUUGCGUUUCAACCAAACGAUACGAUGCACAUCCGUUUUUCACUCCCGUACACACUCACACACACACACCCUCCAAAACACAGUCACCAAAUAUCCGGUUUUUUGCACCACUCACUGUUAGGGAACGAACGCGAAGCGGCAGAAACUAAACCUGCAAACAAGAGAGAUAAGAAUUAUUGUAAAAACAUUGCAAAAACCAAACGAAGAAGCGGAUUAAUUAAUGUAACUUUACCCCGUAGUAGUGCGCCGGUAGCGAGAGGAACUAGAGAAAGAGAGUAAGAUUAUAAUUACUAUUUACCACAACAGCCAUCCCCUGGCGAACGUAAGAACGAAAAAAGUGAAACAAACUCUUAAACAUUUUACACCUCCAAAAGCAAAUGAAAUAGAUGUUUGAUACCAAAAAAAAUAAAAAAUAAAAAAUAAAAACAAAAGCUCAAAUAACCCUAAACCAGAGCAAAGUAGUUAGAGUACGCGCGAAACUGCAAGCAACUUCUUAUCACAGCAACAACCACAACAACUCUUUUUGUCGCACGGUAUCGUACACUUAUAUGUUUGUUUGUUUUUGUAUAAGUAAUAGAAGCAAACUGGCUAAGGCAAUGCACAUCACUUCAAUGUAUGGCGCCGCAAAGGGUUGUAAUAGAAAGCCCUUGCGCAAGAGAGAACAGGAUAGGCACGCGGAACGCGCAUAACUAGCAUGUACAACAUGCCAAUAGGAACACAUUUAUGAUCAGCAUUAGGCAGUGCUGUGGAAGUACACACCGGUUCUCAUUUACUGGAAGAAAAAAAGACAGACUUUGAUGGCAUAUUUUUCUACCACUGUAAUACGACUACUACCACAGCGUGAUCGAACACUGUUACCAAGCGCGCGGAAAGGUGGGAUUAUGAAUCCGCACCGGUUUUCUUGUAUAAACGAACUAUUAUUUUCUUUUAUCUUAAUUAAAAAAAGUACGAACUUUCGUCCGAGAGCAAAAUGAAAAGCAAUGGUAAAGACUGCAACCCUCCAACAAACGUGUGUGUGUGUUUGUGUGUUUAACGCUACUCGGCAGUAUAUAGGGUUUUCCAAUAGGGUUCUCAUAGUUGUGGGACUCUUCCUUGACUCUUUCUUAUAAGAAGGGAACUUCAUAUGAAGGAAAUUGGACUCUAUGGCACCCUUUUUGGACAGGCUCCUUGGAGAUUCCGAUUGGAUUUGUCCAACAAGGGUGCUACAGAGUCUAAUUCACGAAAGAAAGAGGUAAUAACGUGUCACACAGCUAUGAGAACUCCCGGAAAACCCUGUAACGUUCGGCAUCGGCCCACGUGGACGAACCACUGCGCCACGUGUGCCAUACACUACGUUGCGAAGUACGAAGAGUGCUUUUUUUAUUUUUACUUCUUACUUACACAGUGGGAAAACAAACAAACAAACAAAUGAAAAACCAAAGCUAAUAACGCCUGUUCCGGACCCCCGGAACACACCCCGGAACACACCCUAGGAUACGAAUGUAAAAAUGAUCGGAUAGAAAAGGGAAUUUUUCACCUAGACCUACGUCGUUCUUUAACAUAAAAUAAGGAAACAAACACAAAAACACGAUAAAUCUUUGCACAGAAACAGUAUCAAACAGUACACAAACGGACGCGAGCGCGCGCGCAGGAAAAGGAUAUUAGUAAGCGUGACACUCUUGCGUGGAGUGCGGCGCACUGGCACGGUAAAAAAAAAGUUGUAGAAAAGUUGACGAAAAGGGAUCGUGUUUGUAAUCGAUGGAGAGAAAUAAUGCAGCAGCAGCGACAACAACAAAAAAAAACUCUAUGUGUAAUAGCAACAAAGAUCUAAUAAACGUUUUCUAAAAAAACAA